UGUGUUGACGCGCGCAGUCGCCAAGCCCGACAAAAUACAACUUGAACGGAACCUAUGCGGCGAAAAAACCCACCGCCAUGGCGUCAUAAACGGGUGGAGGAAGAUACGGUUUUAAUGCUCGGUAGGUGACCGGAGUCAGUCCACUUUGUUUCGCCGGAGACGCUGCGCCCCGAGACACAAACGGCUGUGUGGACGCCGGGAGAAGCUACAAUGAGCUCGGAGCACCAGAGCGACAGCGAGGACGCGGACGAGUCGCAGGACAGGCCCAACAGCGGCGGCGGCGGCGGCGGCGGCGGCGGCGGCGACGACAAAGAGGAGGACCCCGACAUCGACGACUCGGACGUGGAAGAUGAAAUCGCCCCGAGGGUUUCUCCCUCUCCGCCCGGGAGCGGCGGGAUUAGGCCGGAGCGCAGAGCGAGGUCUUCGGCGUCGGAGGAGCGAGAGCCCCGCUGCGAACCGCCCGCGGCGCCGCAGACGGCGAGCGGCGAGGGCUCCUCUGGCUCGGACAUCCGCAGGGGGAACAGCGUGUUUUCCUGGCUGCAGAGCAGGACUAUACGGCGAGGGGUGUUUGUGGACCCGGCUAGGGAUAACUUCAGGACAAUGACCAGUUUGUACUCCUCAAUGAAUCCGGCUUCGGAGUCUGUCAACCUGAGCACUCAGACGCACGGAGCGGUGUUCAACCUGGAGUACUCCCCGGAUGGGUCUGUGCUGACUGUGGCCUGCGAGCAGACUGAAGUCCUGCUGUUUGAUCCCAUCUCGUCCAGACACAUCAAAACCCUGACUGAAGCCCACGAGGACUGCGUCAACAACAUAAGGUUUUUGGACAAUCGUUUGUUCGCCACCUGCUCCGACGACACCACCAUUGCAUUAUGGGAUCUCCGUAAGCUGAAUUCAAAGGUGUGCACGCUGCACGGCCACGCCAGCUGGGUGAAGAACAUCGAGUACGACACCAACACUCGUCUCCUCGUCACGUCCGGCUUCGACGGCAACGUCAUCACGUGGGACACUAACAGGUUUACAGAAGACGGUUGCCCGCACAAAAAGUUCUUCCACACCCGUUACCUGAUGAGGAUGCGUCUGACGCCCGACUGUUCCAAGAUGCUCAUCUCCACGUCCUCGGGGUAUCUGCUCAUCCUCCACGACCUGGACCUCACCCAGUCCCUCGAGGUGGGCAGCUACCGCAUGCUGCGAGCGCGACGGACGCCCCUGAGCUCAGAUGGAGGCACGUCAGCGUCCAGGUCCGCUGGAACUCCUCGCCAGGGCAACGACUCCAGCAAGAUCCACCCUCCUCGAGAAGGUCUCCCUCCGAGAAACAGCCUGGAGGUUUUGACUCCAGAGAUCCCCGGAGAGAGAGACCGGGGGAACUGCAUCACCUCCCUGCAGCUCCAUCCGAAGGGCUGGGCCACGCUCAUCCGCUGCUCCAGCAACAUGGACGACCAGGAGUGGACGUGUGUGUAUGAGUUCCAGGACGGAGCGCCCACCCGCCCGCUGGUCUCCCCCCGCUGCUCCCUCCGCCUCACCCACUACAUCGAGGAGGCCAAUGUCGGCCGGGGCUACAUCAAAGAGUUGUGCUUCAGCCCGGACGGACGUCUCAUCUGCUCCCCCUAUGGCUACGGCGUCCGCCUGCUGGCUUUCAACGAGAGCUGCGGCGAGCUGGUCGACUGCCUGCCCGUCCAGACCAGCUGCCUCAGGGAGGUCCGCUCCAUCUACUCGCACAGCGACGUGGUGCUCACCACCAAGUUCUCCCCGACGCACUGCCAGCUGGCCUCGGGCUGCCUCAGUGGGCGCGUCGCCCUUUACCAGCCCAAGUUUUAGCCGCUGUCGGAGAACGUCGCGCCGCAGACCUGGGUGAAGAAGUGCUCAUUGGGGGUUCCUGCAGAAAUCUCCCAGAAUGCUGUUCGUACAACCACGUUUCUAUGAUUAUAAGAUCCAAACAUCUAAUAUAUGCAGAUAUCUGCUGCCCAAGGACUCUAUCUACAGAGUAAUAUGGCCAUCCUGCUAUCCUUUGUUAUUAAUUAUAUCAAAACCAUCAAAGUAAUUUAAGAUUUUCAAUUAAUCUGCAUCUUUAGAAACCUUGACAAAAAUGUCCUAGCAUUUGUUUUAAAGUGCUCAAGUGGACCAGCUGGGUGGGAUUUACUGAAUGCAGGUAUUUCAAAUAGUCUGACAUGUGGUAUAACUGGAAUUUAGUGAUUUCUCUGGACCCUCUGCCAGACUAUCUGUUCGGAAAACUCCACCCAUCUGGUACCCAAAAAAGGAUUACAAAUAUAUAUAUAUAUAUAUAUAUAUUUGAAGCACUUCCAAACCCAGGUCUGCUGCUGUGAAAACGACAGUUUGGGACGGAGUUGUCAGCCGACACCUGAAAGGAAAAUCAAAACAAACGAAGUUGACGUCAGUCUUGACCAGGCUGCAGGAGUGGAUGCAAACUCUGACCCUGAAAAAAUGACAAAGGAAGAAUUUGGGGCUUUGAAAAGCAGACUCGCAUCCAGAAUGAAGAGCGUUUUGGAAGUCCAAAAAACAAAUUGUGGCUCUUUUUCAUACUAAAGAUUGAUUUUGGUCUUUAAAGCAGUAGAAAACUCUGAUUUAUUUUGAGACUUGACGGGACAGAAACACUAAGGAUGCAAAACCCGGACAGAUAUUAACCCGACCAACAAGAUCCGUCUGCGCGGAUCUUCUUGCUCCGCUCUGCUCAUGCCUUCUUCAUAGGUGCUGCUUCUCUGCUCAUACAAUCUGAACUUUGACCCCCCCCCCCCCAACUUCAAGGACCUCAUCAUCAACGCCUUUACCCACCUGUUUCUCUUUGUUUUCCGUAUCCACCCUUUUUUCUGCCUUCAUGGUCUUUAGUGGUUCAGGUUUUUAGUGGUUUUAUUGACGUAUUAAUGUCGGCACGUGUUCACAGUGUUCAUUUGAUUCUACACAAUUCCCUUUUUGCCAUCGUUUAGGUCGAGCUACGUUGGAAUCUCUUCUCCUUUCUCUUCACAGUUUGUGUGUUUUUAUUCAAAGCCUAUUGCUGUCUGGACAAUAGCAAAGUCCAGCUGAUGUCAUUGUCUCAGCUUUCAAAGUAUCCCACCUCGACAUUUUCCAGAUCUAUGCUAUUGCAAGAUUUUCAUACUUUUUGCAUUUACAUAUUUCUUCCCUUAAAGAUAAGGCUGGCAUUAUUCUGCACGGUAGUCCGUAUCUCGGGACCUCCCUACCUUCGCUGUGGCUCGCCGUCGGAAGCCCAUUGAUUCUUACUGUAAAUGUAAAUCUUUAAAAAUGAAAAAGAAAUCCGAAGGAAAUUACUGAGCCUUUUAAAAACAAUUAAACUGAGCAUGCUGGCCACUGCAGUUUGUAGCAAACAUUACUCAAACGGGAGUAAAUUGUAAAGUUGUUGGGGACUACUUUCAGCUGUGGAGUAAUACACAAUUACUCCACAUAGUAUAUAGGAUUAAUAUAAAAACUACAAUGACCAUAUCCAAAGAAGGGAGCGCUCUGGCACUGCAUUUGGUCAAGCAGACAAUAUCAGUGUGUUUUCAUGAGACUUAUUGACUAUAAGUAAAAAUGUAGAAUAUUGCCAGCCUCAUCCUUUAAUCUAACAGCUUGCUUACUUUUUGGCCAACAACUUUCAGAAGAGGUUGCAUUCAUAGGAUGAAGUGUUGCCAAGUAACAUUGGACUUCAUUUGGUUGGUUUUUGAGUGUUGACCCACAUCAGUGUUGGAUUUUUCUCUACACAUUCCCCCCCCCAUUUAUUUGCAUCACGUCCACUUUCUCAUUUUUAGUGUUGUCAUAAAGGUGACCAAUCAGGUUUAUUUCCCUCUCUGAGGGCCGAAUGGAUUUGCUUUGACUAGUAUCGGCAAUUGUUGCGUUUUAUGUUUCCAACCAGUGUAGUAUAGCUGCUGUAAGAGCCGAGCACGCGCAUGGAUGUCACACCUUACUGUCAACUGGUUGCAGUGAAUACUGACUGACUGCAGAAUAGAUAUUACGUAAAGAAAAAAAUAGACAUUAGCGUACAUACUACUAUGCAUACAAGCCUUUAUGAAGAUUCACCGUUCUUAUUUAUGCCAGGGUGAUGCUCUGUGUGGAACUGUCGGAUGCCAAAAUAUAUUUUGCUUGGACAAGGCAGUGCUUUUCCUCUGUAGUGUAAUUGUGAGCUGAGAACUAAAGUUGAACAUCUGCUAUUAUGGAUUUGAUAACAAAAUAAAUAGUCUUUACAUAUGGUAAAAGCUUGCAUUGGAAAAUAGUUUGGGGAAUAUUUUGGGAAAUACGCUUAUUCUCUUUCUUGCAGAAAGUUAGAUGAGCGGAUUGGACUUGAAUAUAGCUAACGCUGCGGCUCGCAGCCGGUUCGCUUGACUUUAGCGGUUAACGAGCGCCGUAAAAAGACGGUGAUAUAUAAUCCGCCUGCCAACACCUCUUACGGUCACUAUGUCACAUAUUAUGUAUGUCGUUAGUUUUAUCCGUAAUAAAAAAAAGUGUUAAACUGAAAAUUCGCCAUUUUACGGGGGCCUAUGGACCAGACUCAACCGGUUGCCUGUCAACCGAACGAGAAAAGUAGAUAAAUAGUCCGGGAUACAACCCUGUAAACGGCUAUUCGUUUUUAUAUUUCAGUUUUUUGUUCGGAUGAAACAAACUGCUUAUAAUGUGUUUUAAUUAGCGAGCUGAACAUGUGUUGAGAGGGUUUUGUCACAGUUAAACAGAGCUGAGCUAAGCUAGCCGGCUGCUAGCUGUACGUAGCUAAUGUUAUAUUAACCGUUGGUGUCCAUCUUCUCGUCUAUCCCGCUGGGUAAGAUGGUAAAAAUACACGAUUAUUUUAGAAAUAAAUUUCCAUUUGAAGUAAAAAAAAAUUAAAAUGAAAUCAAUCUCAAUACAGAUGAAACUAAUAUUCAUAAUUCUCAGCUCGCAACACGUCCGACGUUCGUAAUAAGGAGCGACGCUUUUAACACUUUGUACCUCAGUUUAACUGCUGUUAAAAUGUGUGUAUUUCAGUAACGAAUGGAGUUCAUUUAACUUUCAGUUCAGUCAAUUCAAGGAACACCCAUGCUGUAUCAAUGCUGCUUUUAUUUCACUAAAAAUCACAAGCUCUUUGGAGAGAAGUGUCCUAUCUGCCAUUUUCACUUCAGGUAUAGCAACUAAAAACCGGGUUAAAUUUGAUGAUUUUGUUCUUUUUCGGAGGGGGGGGGGGUUCAGUCUUGUUCUGGGUUUUAACCUGUAUUCUGUUGUGUGGAUUAACUGAAUGUUGUCAGUACUUCUGGUGUUACCUGUGCACUAAACACAGGAGGAAGGGUGGAGAGACAGAAACGUGUUGAAUUGCUCGCACCGUUGAUCCCCUAAAAUGGCUAAACGCAGCAAGUAAUCCCAACAAUGAUACUAAAAUGGUACUUAUCAUCACUGAAAUAAAAAGGUUAGCUUCUUUUGCA